AUGGGCCUCAUAACUCGCACACUAAAGCUCGGCACAUACACGGGCCUGGCCUCGGUCGGCGCCUUCUUCUGGUACACGCGCAACGACCGCUUCGUGCCCAUGUCGGCCACAGACCCGAUCUUCGCGCACGCCCUGCACCAAAGGUUCAAUCCGCAGAAGAACCCGACGACGCACGACCUGUGUAUUCGCCGCGUGCCGCUGUCCGAUAUCAACCCGAGUCUGCUCGAGAAGAAGGGGAAGCUUGUUGAGGCGUUUUGUGCGGGGCUUUGGAGUGGGUGGGGAUACGCCUUCCAGCGCGCAUACCUCUCCUCGAAAUACGAAGACCCGUCUACAGCCUCACACCUCUGGACGCGCGAAUCCCUCCGGAACAGCUCCUACGACGUCGGUACUCUGAUAACCGACCAUUUUGAAGUCGUCGAAAAGACCCCCGAGCGCAUCGUUGUGCGCUGCGGCGACUCUCCGCGCCGACAAGACGUACGAGCCUCCGACGGCCUCUUCGAGAUGUCCGCCGUUGUGAAACCGGAGGAAGGUGUGGCCGAAUUUGGGCUGAAGAGUUGCUUCUAUCAGGGGCUGGGCAAGGCUGAGACGAAGCCUAUGCCGCCGCAUAUCGAGUGGUUGCACAGGCAGUAUACGAAGCUGUGGUUGGAGACUGCGUUGAGGAAGGUUUUGAGGUAG